AUGUCUCCCGUAGAUGAUCAAUUUUUGACCGGGAGUAUCGAUGAGGGUGUUCGGUUAUGGGAUUUAAGACAACCUAACGCCAUUGAUUUUAUAGAUAUUCAAUCCGGCAGACCUUGUUUAGGAUAUGAUCCUUCUGGUCUUGUGUUUGCAAUUGGUAAACGUAGCAAUAAAACUGUUCAGUUAUAUGAUAGCCGAAAAUUUGGUCAGUCUCCUUUCGAUACUUUUCAAAUCGAUGAUAAUUAUUUAAAUUCAAAUGUCUUGCCAACUUCUCCUCCUGAAUGGACUGGAUUAAAGUUUAGUAAUGACGGCCAAAAAAUAUUAUUAACUACAUCUGGCGAUGUUCAUUAUUUAGUCGAUGCUUUCAAUGGUCAAUUAAAACAACGAUUAAUUGGUCAUAUAGGGCUAGAUAAUGCCUCGGUAUGCUUGGGAGGUGAAGAGACAAGUUUUACUCCUGAUGAUUUAAUCCAACAAAAUUAUUACUGA